AUGGCGACAAAAAAUAACAUACCUUGGUGGAUUCUGGGAUCACUCACAGUCGCACUCGCAUCUUUAUUUUUGGCCUUCCAAGAUUCUGCCAGCCUUCAAGGAAUUUAUCAAUUCAAGUUCUUCGAAUCAUCUGUUUCGCCAAAAUAUCUUUUCGGUUCUGAGUCAGUCUGCAAGCAGGCGCCAAUCCUGUCACCAACAAACACGCAAGUCGAACAAUUGAUUCGCGAUAAAGUGGAAGAUCCAAAAUAUCAGACCGAGAUCAUCGAGAAGCUGUCAGGGCUGAUUCAAAUUCCCUCCGAAAGCUAUGAUGACCUCGGUCCUAUUGGGCAAGAUGCUCGUUGGGAUAUUUUCUAUCAGGUCGAGAAAUACAUCAAAACUAAAUACCCUACGGUUUUAAAACAUGCUAAACUCGACCAUGUUAACACGCAUGGUUUGAUAUUUACCUGGGAGGGCAGCGUGUCCACUGAAUCAAGCAAGCCCAUCCUGUUGCUUGCUCACCAGGAUGUUGUCCCAGUACUGACCGAGAAUGUGCCCGAUUGGACGCAUCCGCCUUACGAAGGUCAUUUUGAUGGAAAGACCAUCUGGGGGAGAGGCUCCACCGAUGACAAGGGUUAUCUGAUCUCGAUAAUUGAAAGUAUGGAUCUUCUAAUGAAGAGCGGUUUCAAGCCAAAGCGAACGAUAAUUUUGGCAUUUGGCUGCGACGAAGAAAUCAGCGGCCGAAACUGCGCCCGGCCAAUUUCUGAACUGCUUCACGAUCGGUAUGGAGACCAAGGAAUCUACAUGAUGAUGGAUGAAGGGUCUUUCGGACUUCAGACUCAAUUUGAUCAGUCAUUCGCCAUGGUUAGUGUCGCGGAGAAGGGGUAUAUGGAUGUGCAAAUUAAUGUUACAUCUCCUGGUGGACAUGCGGCGAAUCCCCCUGAUCAUAAUGCGAUCGGGGUCCUUUCGGAGAUCAUCAUGAGUAUUGAAAACCAUCCGUUCCCCGGAAAAGUCACAACAAAGAACCCAAUCUUCAAUUUCUUGGAAUGUGCUGCGGUGCAUGCUCCGGAGCGCAGCUUCCCAUUGAACAUUCGGAAUAAACUGCAAAGAGUCGAGAAUGGCGAAGUAACCGCACAAGUUCAACUGGCUCAGGCGUUGGAUAACAUGCGAUAUUUUUUCCGAACAAGUCAAUCUGUUGGGAAAAUCAAUGGCGGAGUCAAAAUCAAUGCUAUCCCUGAGUUGGCCUCAACCAUGGUUAAUUUACGCCUGGCUGUGGACAGCUCGGUUGCAGAGGUCCAGAACCACUACGAGAACCUAAUCAGACCCAUUUCUCGCAAACAUGGCAUGUCCUUCCAAGGGUUCUACACAGAAACUCCUGAUGACCGACGGAAAAUCAGUUUAUCUGCCAUCGACGCCUUGGAGCCCGCCCCAGUUUCACCAGUCAAUGCAGAGGCUUUCCGAGUUCUGUCCGGAACAAUUCGGAAUACUUUGAAGCCUCUCAUUACAGGUCAGAGUCUCGUCGUGACUCCGUAUCUGAUGCCUGCGAAUACAGAUACGAAAUUCUUCUGGAAACUCACGCAGAACAUAUAUCGAUUUACGCCGAUUAAUUUGGUCCACAAUCUCAACCGAGCGCAUACCACCGACGAAUUCAUUGUGGCAGAGGAAUUCGUGAGAGAGCCACUCUUCUUUGCAACUCUGAUUCUCAAUGCCGACGAUACCGUUGCUAAAUAA